AUGAGUGAACAACUAGUAUCUGCAGUACCAGAGAGAAAGAAAAAGGAGAGUAUUAUAGAUUUAACAAGGUUAGUUGCACCUAAAUCAAAUUUAUUAACAUUAUUACUUGGUUAAAAUAUAUUGUUUAUGCAUUUCCAGAUACUUGGAACAAGUUGUUAGAGUGAAAUUUACUGGUGGUCGAGAAGUAUCUGGAACUCUAAAGGGAUUUGAUACAUUAGUAAAUCUAGUAUUGGAUAAUACAAUUGAAUACUUACGGGACCCUGAUGAACCUAUGAAGUUAACCAAUGAUACAAGAACAUUGGGUUUAGUUGUUUGUCGAGGCACAACAAUUGAGUUAAUUUGUCCAGUUGAUGGUAUGGAAGCAAUUAUGAAUCCUUUUUUACAAGAAUAA